AUGUCGUACGCUGCCGUCGCCGCUCACGACGCCCCGCCCCUCUCCCAACAGCCACACCCUGACCCCGCACUCUACAACACAGAGCCCCCUUCUGCGAGCAACAUGGCAAACGAGGCCGCGAAAGUGAAUCCCGCCCCAUCCGUCCCCUCCUCCAACCCUGCCCCGCCCUCCUCUGAGAAGGCACCAGCACCCGGCUCCGAGCCCACAUCACACGACGCAAAAAGCAGAGCACAACACUACAUCCACGAGGCAGAGGAGGAGAGCUUCCACCUCUGGGAGGUUACCAAACACUACCUCUUCCGCCCCGCAGUCGCAGGUGGCCUCCUUGGUCUCUUGAACAUUGGGCUUAUCUCCGGCGCAGGAUAUGUGUACUACACUGAGCCCCACCUCCGUCGCGAUACGCGCGCCCUCGCCUCCACCGCAGCAGCAGCCCUUGUUAUUCUUUCUGGCGAAUCCUACGCGGCUGAGAAGUACCGUCAGACUCCUCAUGGCAAGGAGGAAGAGCGCAAGUCCAAGCAGGAAGGUGCCGCCAUCUACCGCGUCACAAAGGAGCACCUUCUCCGCCCGGGAGUGCUUGGUGGUCUCCUUGGUGCUGUGAACGCCGCCAUUCUUGGGACUGUCGGCUACUUUGCGUAUAGAGAAUGGAACCGGCCGACGUGGGACAGGCGUAUUGUCACUGCGGUCUCUGUCGGUCUCUUGACGCUCUGGUCUGGCGAGGGAUACCUUGCUGAGCAACACCGCAAGGCACACUAG